UGCGGCGCGUGUGCGGGGUGCAGCGCAUGUCGACGCACCGCAAGUCAAAACGCCUUGCUGGACGUCAUGAUAUCUUCUUACCACCAUUUGUCGUUCCCAAGAACUUUGGAAGGAUGUACUUCAUAUUCACAAAGCCCAUCCCCACAAAAGGCAUGUAUGAAGCAGGUGUACUAUCAGACAAAAAGGCAACAGAUGAACUAUACAUCCAAGCUAAGGCUCAGGUUCAGGAUGGGAUCAAAUUCCUGCUGAAGAAGCGGGCUGAGGACCCUUAUCGAGAAUUUCUUCCACGAUUAAUCUAUGAAACGACUGUACCUGGAAAACAAGCUCCGACCUUCCAAGUGUGAUUCUCUUUGCAAUCACUACCUGAAGGGAGCUGAAGUGUUGCUAAAAAGCCAGCUCAGAUGGGUUCGGACUCCGGAGCUGCACAGUUCCAUGCUCGUUGCAAUUUCUGUGGUCCGUCCGUUGUUGAGGUGCAGACGGAAGACUGAUCCCUCGUUCGAGGCUUCAAUCCAGAGGGCUAACAAUUUGAGUCUAUUUACAAUACUUGUUCUAAACAUAUUUUGUAUGGUAUAAACAUCCAGAUCAUAUUAUAGAUACAGACGACAUCUACGACUCGUUCGAUGCGUUCCUGUUCUAUUGGCCCGAAGGUUCUCAAAACUUGGAUGAUGACGUCAUCACAUUGCCCAAGGUUGGCAGUAGUGGGGCGGCCAUCUUCGACUAUGCCCGCGGUGGUCAACAGUUUGGUGCGGAUGGUCUCCUUGUCGGACCUUCGCUGGCACUGGUUAUGGGUGGCUUCUCAGGACCGGACACAAACUCGGAAUCGAGGUCGUGCCUUGGACUCAGCUGUGCAAAGCGACCGGACGGGAAGGAUUCCCUCUUCGGCGACGAGCGAGCAGCUGUUGCGAAGGAGGUGGAGGUGUUUUGUUUGCCCCCAGAUUACGGCUUUAUAUUCACAGUAAACGGUAUCACAAGUU